UUUACCGAGGGAAGAUGGUGGAAUUUGGAGCUGCAACGUGCACAAUACUCUGUCCCAGACAUUUCCAAAAACAGUUUUCAUCACAACCUGGCAUUAGAUAUCGAUUACCUGGAGACAAUCAUAGAUAAUAAUUACAAAAACUAAGGAAGAAUUAUUCGCUCUUUGAUUCGGAUGGGACCCGCACUUUACACUUGUGGUGCCUGAAAAGUGCGGACAAACUACACCAGACCACGGUGUCGUGAUAAUCUGGGAGGGGAUUUCUCGGCUGGGAUAGUUGACAAACAGUUUACUGCCUACAGACAAUUUUUGUUAUUAUUAUUCGUUAUAAUCCGCCUAAUUUGGCCUUGGUGUUGGAGACGAGACUGUACCGACUGUCAGCAUGCCACGGAAUAAAAAGGGGAAACGCGGUGGUACCGGUUCUAGUAAAGGCUCACUCCGACAGGAAGUGCUUCAGCUGCAGUUGUCAAAGACUGCCCAGUCACGUCCAGGGAGGAAUGGGGUGAAAGGGGAGUCUGCGGUGAGCGAUGAUGAUUUAGCAUCUGAGGUGCUCAGUCAAUACAGCAGUGCCAGCGAGAGUGCAUCAGUCCUGGAGGAUGGUACAGGUGAGGUAGUGGAUGAACAGACUGCACAGGAAGAAACAGAAGACAAACUGAAGCAAUGCAUCGACAAUCUAAUGGACAAAAGUGCUAAAACCCGUCUGGCUGCGAUGGAAAGUCUGCACAUGGCAUUUUCCUCCAGAGUCUUGUACGACUUUCUGUUAGAGAGACGUUUUACCAUAUGUGACUGUUUGGAAAGAAGCUUGAGGAAAGGUGGAGGAGAGGAGCAGGCUGCUGCUGCAACAGUGUGUGCCCUCCUGUGUGUGCAGCUCGGGGUCGAAGGUGAGGAGGGCUUCAAGAUUCUCUGCCCCAUCCUCAACUCCAUCCUGAUUGACAGCUGUGCCAGCCUGUCAGCACGACAGAGUUGUGCUCGAGCUCUGGGUAUGUGCUGCUAUGUGUCUGCCUCAGAUGAUGCAGAGGACCUGAUAAAAUCAGUUGGACAUUUAGAGAGUGUGUUUGUGGGUGCAUAUCCUCUGGGUGAUGGUACGCUGCCCUCUGUCAAAGCUGGGACCCCUGCUCUCUACAGUGCCGCCUUGCAGGCUUGGGCACUGCUCUGCACCCUCUGCCCUGCAUCACGUAUCGACAGCAUUCUCAACCAUCACUUGCCGAGUCUGCAUGCGUGUUUGGAGAGCAGCGAGGUGAACUUCCGAAUUGCUGUGGGGGAGACCAUUGCUCUACUCUAUGAACUGGGACGUGACAUUGAUCAGGAGUUUGAGUACGAGGAUUGUGAUGCGUUGUGCGACAGUCUAAAGAGUCUCGCAACUGAUGGAAAUAAACAUCGUGCUAAAAACGACCGUAGGAAACAGCGCUCAAUCUUCAGAGAGGUGCUGCACUACAUUGAGAAUGAUGAUUUCACUGAGGAAAAGAUCCAGUUUGGGACCGAGUCCAUCUUCAUUGAUGGCUGGAUGCGCCACAGGAUAUAUGAUGCCUUUAAGGAGGUGCUUGAAUCUGGAGUCAGACACCACCUACAGUUUAAUCCAUUGCUGAGGGAUAUCUUUGGUCUGGGCCCACCUCUCAUCCUGGAUGCCUCAGUCAAAGCUAGCAGGAUCUCCCGCACAGAGAGGCAUCUGUUUAACUCUGCUGCAUUCAAAGCUCGAACUAAACUUAGGAACAAAGUGAGGGACAAACGUGCUGACGUGAUGUGAGGAUGAAGAUGCAGUGAGAGAAAUACUACAUCCUCCAAAACCUCCUAACCCCCUCCAUUCACUUGAAAUAAACUGCCAAGCCAGAGACUUGACAAUGAAAAUGCGUGCGUGAGUGUGAAAGACUGGGCGUGUAUGCAGUGUUUUAUUUUUAUUUAAUAGUGUGCAAAAGAUAGGAGUGCUACAAUUAAACCAAUAUGAAAUAUGAUAUCUUUUAUUGUAAAGAUAUUGUAACAACCUCUUGUAAGGCUGUAUUCAGCUUUUCUGUUGAAACUUAUUUUACUGCCUCAAUCAAGUGUUUCUUUGGGGAAAAAAGAGAAUUUUUAACACUGAAACUUAACUUUGUACAGCUCUACAAAGAAGCCAAGGAAAAUUAAUUCUUUCUGGUUUUUCUAUAUGCAUUUUAUAAAUGAACAUUGAUGGUUCACCUGUGAUCUCGACAUGCAAACUAAUGAAAAUACAUCUUGUACUGCACAAUGCCAGAGUGUGUAUCGAUAGUUUUGUGAAACUUUCUCACUGCCACUAAAAUUACCAUUGUUUUGCAUUUUAACUAUACGCUGCUAAAAUAAGGAGGAUUUUAUUGACUCCAUCUCCCAGUCUGAACCGGUCAGCUAUGGUUCUUGCACCUCAAUUUAUUUCUGGAGUUUUAGGUCAUGUUUCAAACAUUUGUUUAAAUGUCUCUUAAAUAUCAAAAGCCAUCUUUGAAUGGUUUAGAGGGAAAGUAAUAAAGGAUGAUUUUGGAAGAAACCAUAGUAAAUCACUUCACAGUUGGGAGCAUCCUUGACUAAAACAAAUGUAUUUGUACCAAGACAUUGUGGCUUUAAAUAAAACAAAUUAU